ACUGGCUGUCUCGCGCCGGUUGGUGACGUCGCCACUGCAGUUAAUAUCUCAAAGAUAGAUGCUUCUGGCUUGAGUUUUGCAUCGUGUGCAGCUCAAAGCGAAACUUUAAUUCAUGAAGUUUGUUUCAGACGACUGUAUGAGCGUAAUGGUGCAUUUUUGGCCAACGUGCAGCCUUGUCCGUGUAAGCUGUAGUGAGGUUAGUGUGCAGAGGCGGUGUAGUUCGCUUCAAUGUUGAUUUAUCUCGAGUUAACUGGCUAAUUUACAAAAGGCUAAUUUAAAAAUAGAUAUCCGUCGCGACUGAACAAGGUUGUAUUUAAGCAUAAAACAGUGCGACAUGUAUGUAUGCGACCGUUAAGACAGUCGUGAUAUAUUUAUUAGCCGCAUGCCGACUGGUAUAACACAGUGGUUACCAAUGGAGACAGGAGACGCCUAAUCUGAUUUGUUAGCUAGGUUAGCUAGCUAGCUGGCGCCACUCAACGUUUAACAUUACAAGGAUAGAUUCAUCAUGGCUAGUAAGCAGAAGGGCAAACCAUCAAAAAGUUCAUUUGGAGAUGACGAUUUGUUUGACAGCUUAUUUGAAGAUACAAAACCACCAGUCAGGGGGAGGGCAACUCGUGGCGGACCACUGAAUCGCUCCUCUGCCACUGAUAACAUAUUCAGUAUGCUAGCAGAGGAGGUUGGGAACGAUGGUGUGGAGGACUCAGAUGUCUCAGCAGCAGAUCACGAUGACAUCCUGGAGAACAUAAAGGGCUUAGAUGAUAUGGAUGCUGACCUUUUUGCUUCAAAGAAGAAGCCCAGCACAGCUCCUGCACAAACAAAUGUGUUUGGUAAUGAAGUGCCAAAGAAACAAAGAGAUGAAAAACUGGAUGGAGCAGAGGAACAGACCAAAGGAGGGAAGAAACCAAACUCUGCACCUUCGUCUACUGCACAAAACUACAAGAAGUUCACCUUCUCUGAUAGUGGUGAUGAUGAUGAAGGUCUUGUUCAGACAUCUCACAUUAAAGAUCCAGACGACCCCCUGGCUGAUCUACUUGAUGACUUGCUCCCAGAUGAAGCCAAGCCUGAGUCUAAACCAAGCAUUCAGCGGGCCAAACCUGUAAAAUCUGCACCAUCUCCUGCAUCAUCUCCUAUCCUGAAGACGGAAACACCUAAGGUGGUGAAGAAUCGAGGUGACAUUACGUUUGAUGAUGAUAAGGAUGACCUAAUGGAUGCGCUCGGAAUUGACAGGGAUAGAAACAGUGCAUCGAAAAAAGAGACUGCGCUUUGGUCCAACAAGGAAAGGAGUGAGGCCCCUACAAGAGCUCGGACCAGACUAGAUGAGAUUCUGGAGAGUUUAACAUCACCCCGUCUUCUGGAGCGACCUCCAACCGGCGAGAGGAAGGACCAGCCUCAGUCUUUAGAGAAACAGCAACAAGAGAAGACCCCUGCUGUGAAAGACUCAUUUUUAGAAGAUGACCUCACAUUUGGCUCCUAUCAGCCCACGCUGGUAUCCACGCCUGAAGGGCGCCAGUCGCGCAGACAGUCUGUCAGAUUUUCUACUGAGGACAUAAGUUCCCCAGAGAAGAAGCCUAAACCCUCCACCCUUCGACAACGAAACUCAGCCGACUGGUUAGGCCUCAAGACAGAUGACAACCAAACCUUUCUAGAUUUUGAUGCCAAAGAAACCAAGCCUGCGACAGAGUCUCCAAAGGCUCCCUCCUCUCCUGCUUCAGAGAGAAGACCCUCUCUGACUGGUAGCCACACCAUAUCUGCUGCUAAAAUGGCAUCAGACACCCAAGCUCCAACUGAUAAUAUCACCAAACAAACCAAGCCGGAGGUUUCUAAGAGCCAGAAUAAAGAAGAGGAGGAGGAGGAGGAUGACUGGUUAUCAAAAGUACUGAGCAGGAAGAAGGCUCUGUCGGUGUCAAACUGUGAGGUGAGAACAACCAAGCAGGAAGAGUCUUUAGGCCUGGGAGAAGAAGUGGAUCUGGAGUCUGUUGUAAGUAAACAAGUCCCAUCACAGGCUCCUAAGGGCAGAGAUGACACUCUUACAUCUGUCAAGGAAACAAAUGGCACUUUUGUUGGACAGCCAAGCCCCACUGCUCACUCCAGUCCUGUCAGAGAGAAGAGGACCACGCAAGAUUCAAUUCCUGCUUUCCUAUCAACCCCACCACAAUCCCACUCUGUAGUUUCUAAGCAUACACCUACCACCCAGCCUUACCUCCCCUCCACUUCAACACCCUCCUCACCGGCCUCUCUCCAUGCUAAAGUAGACCUCGAACAAACUCCUGGUUCAUUUCAUCCCUCAGAUAACCCUCCUCAAGCUUCUGGUCUUUUGCCAGUCUCUGCUGCUAGCCUUACACACACCCAACCUCAGCCUCAGUCCCAAACGCACCACCUACCUUCCGAAAGGGGAGCCAGGGUGCUGCGAGAGCCUGGUCAGGCCUCGGAUGAAACCUCGCAACAGGUGCCGUUGCUCAACCCUGUGUCUGCUUUGGUGCCCAGCUCCAUUUGGACAGUUCCACAACAAAACCAAAUGCAGAAUACAUCAACUGCUGUUCAACAACAGGUGACACUGUCAGCAGACAGUCUGCAGCAGCUGCUUCUACAACAGCAGAUGAUGCAGUCUCAGUUGCUGAAUAUUGGGGAUGCCGGGUUCCUGCAGAGACUGAAAGAGAAAGAGCAGCAACCUGUGGAUUAUCAAGCAUUACAGGCUCGCAUCAUCCAGCUGGAGGGACAGGUGAGGACUCUGCAGCUGGAGCGAGACCAAAGCCAAAUGUUGCUUGAGAAUGUCCAGCAGCGGCAUAAACAGGACAUGGAAAUCAUGGAGAGCGCACACAAGGCUCGCGUGAAGCUGCUCGAGGAAUCGGCGGCCCAGAGGGAGACACAAACGCGGCAGGAGUGUGAGGACCUAAUGGAACGGCUGGCCGCAGUAACACGAUCGGCCGAGCAGGAACGCUCGGAGCUGCAGGCUCAGUACCAGCGCAAACUAGCACAGACCCAGCAGGACAGAGACCGUGAGGUGGAGAGACUCAGAGACCUCCAGAGGAAAUCUAUUUUGGAAAUGAAGAAAGACCAUGAGGACCAGGUCAAGAGACUGAAGAAGUUAAAGGACGAGGAGAUUGAUGCAGUCACAAGUGCAACAUCUCAGACCAGGUCUCUUACAGUGGUGAUUGAGCAGAUGGAGCAGUUUACCUCUCGGCUCGGAGAGCUUUCUUCUCGGGUGGAGAGCACACAUGAACACACGGCUCAUGGCCUUGAGCAGGGGGCACGGCACAGAGAUGAGCAGCAUCGAGUGAUGCAGGACCGUCUGGCCCAGCAGCAGAAGGCCAUGGCGGAGGAGAGAGCUUACCUCAAGGAAAUAAUUUCCAAGAUGGACACUCAGCUCAGUGAGCAGCAGAGACAGCUUGAGAAGGAACGCUGGAAGAUGACAGCGGAGCAGGCCAAGGCGGAGUCCAUCCAAAGAGGCCUGGAGGAAGAGCGGCGUGCCCUCAGCAUGCAGAUCAAUAUGGAGAGGGAGGAGCUGGAAAGGGCUAAGAGCGCAUUACUAGAGGAGCAGAAGACUGUGAUGCAGCAUUGCGCCGAGGAGAGGAGGAAGCUUGCAGCUGAUUGGGCCCACUUUCACGCCAUGGAGAAGCAGAGGCAUGAGAGGGCUGAGCGGGAGGUUAGCAGUCUGUUGGAGAAGAGAGAGGGCUCCAUCAUCAGUCUGGCACAGGAACAAGCCGACCUUAAGCUUCACACUGCAGAGCUGAAACAAAAAGAGAUGGCUGUGAAACAGGAGAGAGAAACUCUGGAAAGACUAAGAGAGGAACUAGACAGAGAGAAAGAGAGAAUCAGCAGCACGGCCUUGAGACUCAAGACACGAGCCCAAGAGGUGGAGGCAUUCAGUAAGCUCGCUGCAGAGAAGCACGAGGAAGGAGAACGAGCGCUGCAGGAGGCAAAACGUACUGAGGCGGAGCACGCAGCGAGGCUCGCUAAUAUACAUACGCAGAUAGAGCGGCUGAGGCAGCAGGAACAGCGGAUCCUUCAGGAGCGAAUGCGGUUAAGUCACCUGCAGAAGGAGACAGAGCGUCUUAGACAAGACGCCCCAAUUUCCUCUUUAGCACAAAUGAUUCCACCCAUUUUAUCAGAUGCAGGUUCACUGUUGCCAAACCCUGAGCUGACAUCAACCCUCAAUAUUCCCCCUGCUGCUUCAUUUGCCAACUCUCAGUCCAUGGCUCUGCAGGCCAGUCUGGCUCUGUGGAGGUACACUGGAGAAAAGGACCGUGAAUACCUCCAGGAAGAGCAGAUCUUCUUGGACAAUUUGAAGAAGAAAUCUUACAGAUCAUCUUUCAACACAGAUUGACCAGCACAUGCUGUGUGCCCUCAGCUGGAGUCAUGUUCACGUGCUGGACACUUGAAUGUUACUGAAUAGCUAUUCAUUUUAUUAAACUUUGUUAAAAAAAAAAAAAAAAAAAAGUCAACUGAUUUAGUUUGUGUU